AAAAAUGUAAAAUAUUGCUUUAUUGAAGUGGAAGAAGCAUUUCUCAUAGAAAUUGCAGAAAACAUAACAUGAAUAAAAUAUAAAACAUUACUUUAAUGAAAUGGACGAAAUAUUUCUCAUAGAAUUUUUUUUUUUGAACUGGAUAUUUCUCAUAGAAAUUACAUAAGACCAACAUGCUGUAGACUAGUAAUACGGGGUAGUUGUCAUACAAAAUUUGUAUAUAAUUUACGUGAUCUAGUGUUAGGAUUAAUUUUGUAUGGUCAAAAGCGGAUUUCAAUUAAGAGCUGUCAAAUUUACAAGAAAAUGACAGUCAACUAGAUAUGGAUAGACAUGUCCUAUAACCUGAUUGUUGAAGGUACUGUGAGACUAUCAUAGAAAGAUCCUAAAAUUCCCAAAAUACAACCAUCACAAAAUUCGGAAAGCUUAAGCAUGAAAGCUAAAUUUAUGAAAAAAUCAUGAAGAAAUAUUAAAAUUAAACGCCCAAUAGACUAAGUCGGUUACAACCCGAGAGAUACUCGACGGUAAAAUGAUAAGUUAACAUAACUAAACCAUAAUGAAAGACAGAAAUGGCUAAGAAAAAAAGGAAACACGUAGAAAAUCUUCACUUGUAGUCAUAAAAUCUGUGUUCGAAAGAACACAAAGAAGUCGAAAUCAACGUUGAAAAAUCCAACCGAUGGAUUUUGAGAACAAUUGAAAACCGUCUCUGAAGAUACAUGGAUAUCCCAACGUUGCAGUGAGGUGCGGAAAACUGCCGGAAUAAGACUACAGAAGAAAAAACUCUUUUAAAAUAGAGAAUCCAAAAGAGGUUGGCCGAAGAGAGGAAGAUAUGUAAUUCAUCUAUUCAGUUAGAUAAGGUAAAAAGGAGAGUCACAACUACAUUCCUUUUGCUGUGUUACCCAACUGAUUUACCGUAACUAAACAUUCAACAUUUACAUUCCUUUUGAUGUGUUACCCAAUUGAUUUACUGUAACUAAACAUUCAACAAUAUAUAGAAUACAGGGUCGUCUGUCCCACUCAAUCCCAUUUGCUUCUUGAAUGUUUAACUCUCAGUUGAACAAUCUUAACGUACGCACCAGAGAGUCUUUGAAUAAAAACUCAUAUUUUCCUUUGUGGACCUUAGAACCCUUUUACCCAAAACCGAAAAUCAUUUUUUCUUAACAUUAUCUUCAUUGUAUAAUCACCUAUAAAUUUUUAUAUAAUUUUUGUCAUAUAUAAUUAUAUAUACAUUGUAUAACUAAAUUAUAUCUACAUUUACUAGAUUUUUUUUCUGUUACAUAUAUAUCUUUAUAUAUAUUUCUGUAACUAAAACUAUAUAUGCAUGUCAACUUAAUAUAUUGUAAGAAAUGUUGUCUGACAUGCUUAAAUUGUUUUCAUUAAAAUUGAACUUUUAUAUAAAAUAAAUAAAUAAAUAUUGAACUAUAAUUUAGGCAUUAUAAUCUUGAAUUUCAAGUAUGUUUAGCUAAGAUAUAUUUCUAACCGCUGGUAAAAAACAUUAGUUAAGAUAUAAUAAUGAAUAAAAUUAUGGUGAAUAAUGUAAAAUGGUUUCAUAUAUGCUUUUCAAUUAUUUUUUUCAUUUGACAUUAUACUAGCUAUAUUAUCACCUGUUAUUUUAUUUUUUUUUGUCUAAAUAUAUGCAUCGUAAAGUUAUAUAAAAUCUCCUAGUCAUAAAAAUAAUUAGAUCGACAUCUGUUAUAUUUUAUUACUAUUAUUAAUAUAAUCCUAUAUAGUUUUAAAAUUAAAAUUGUCACAAAUUAAUUAAAUGAAAUAGUGAUGUAUGAUGUGUUUAAAUUCAAAACACUAAAAUUUAAAUUAUUGACAAAAUAAAUAAAUAAAAAGAGAAGCAAAUUUAUUUUUUCUGAACAUUAGAUAAGCAAAGUUUACCACAGAUGAAGUUGUUAAUUUUACAAAAAAAUUGAAUUGGAAACAACAAAUUAAUAUAUAUCUAAGCUUUUGUCUAUAAAAUGGUAUAUGUGGGGGAGAUUAAAAAAGAAAAAAGAAUAGACACAUAAAAAGGUGAAAAGAGUCAGGUUUAGUCUUUUAAGCCAUAGCCAAUAAAACACAUAUGUGCAGAGACAGAGGAAGAGAGAAAGAGAAGAAACAGCCAUGUUUUGAGGAAGGAGACAUGCAUCAUCAUCAUCAUCAUCUGAAACUUGUUACUUAACUUCUCUAUCUCUUCAUCUCUUACCAAAUCCAAACACCAAAGGUCUCUCUCUCUCCCUUUGCUAUAUCCAUGCCCAUUUUGGUCUCUGUUUGAUUGGAUCACUUAUCAAGAAGACAAUGCAAGUGUUCCAAAGGAAAGAUUCAAUGCCAAAAAACCCAAACAUUCAAGGAUCUCUAUCUUUCAGCUUGACAAAGGACAUGAUGAUGAUGUCUACACAAUCAGGUUUGCAGCUGCAAGAUCAAAAUUCAUCAUCAACGCAAUCUUCUGGAGAAUCAGGUGGCGGUGGUGAAGCUGCAAGCUUUGUAGAACAUAACCGUUAUGGAUGCAGCAGCAUUGUUAAUACCAAUCUUCCAGAUUCUGUAUUUCCUCUUCCUACUUCUGAUCUAGCAUCUUGGCCUCCUCCAUGUCCUGAAACACCACAUUUCAAUGGUUUCUUGGCUCCUGAAUAUGCAUCUCAACCAACGGCGCUGUCGUCGCAUUUAGAAAUGAUGGGUUUGGCUUCUUCAAGAGUGCCAUUGCCUCAUAACAUUCAAGAGAAUGAACCAAUAUUCGUCAAUGCCAAACAGUACCAUGCCAUUCUUCGCCACAGGAAGCAUCGUGCUAAGCUUGAAGCUCAGAACAAACUCAUCAAAAGCCGUAAACCUUACCUUCAUGAGUCUCGCCAUCUUCAUGCAUUGAAGAGAGCUCGAGGCUCAGGUGGGCGUUUCCUCAAUACAAAGAAGCUUCAAGAACCAUCAAACUCACUCUGUGGUGGUGGAAACAUAAACGGGUCUAGCUCCAGUUCAGACCAUAACAUGUUCCAGAACACACCGUUCAGAUUCUCAGGGUAUCCAUCAACACACCAUGUCUCAGCUCUCAUGUCAGGGACUUGAAGACAUCUGAGAAGAAGGGAAGUCAUCCUUGGCUAUAAAAUUGUUAUUGCAAAACUCUGUUUACAUCAUCUGCAAUCUCACUCUAAAUUGAAGAACUUUGUCAAACUAUUUUGUUAUUUUCAACAUUUUCUGAUU